GAGCCUCAAGGCUUGAGGGGAAGUUUCUAGGUAGCCCUUGGAUAUGUGGUUUCUUUACUGGCUCCAACAAUACCUAAUUGAUGAGAGUGAUCUAGAUAUGUCCUUUUCAUCAUCACAACUUCUUGGCCAUUCUUAAAAGUAAAAACAUUCCUCUUUCUCUAGCAGCAUUAAUAACCCUGCCCUAGAAGCAUUCAGAGACCAAGAAGGAGGAGAAGGAGAAGAAGCCAUGGGAGGAGGCAACGGCCAGAAGUCGAAGAUGGCUCGCCAGAGGAACAUGGAGAAGCAAAAAAAUGCUGCCAAAGGCAGCCAGCUUGAAUCAAACAAGAAAUCAAUGACAAUUCAGUGCAAGGUGUGUAUGCAAGUAUUCAUAUGCACGACGAGCGAGGUGAAGUGCAGGGAGCAUGCAGAAGCAAAACAUCCCAAAUCUGAUGUUUACACAUGUUUCCCUCAUCUUCAAAAAUGACAAGUUCCCGACCCGAAAAGAAGAAAUUGUAGAAAUGUGUUUGAAGUUCACUGCGGAGGUUCUGCAUAAAGAUUCUUCCUAGACUCUUGGAUGUUAAUUAGCUUAAAUCUAUUUGGGGAAUAUGUUAUAAAAGUGCAUGUUUGUUGGUUGAUUGAAGAUUGUUUUUGGAAUUUCGAUUGUUGUUUUAGGACGCAUACAUGGACCAACAUAU